AUGAAGGUAAAUGUAUACUGUGAGAUGCAUGUCUGUCUGCGUGUUCUGAUGCGUCUCUGUCGAUGGGCUGGUUUCUUUCCCGUGGAAGGUCUUGAUAAACUUAAUAUGUGCGAAAUAAGGUACAACAUAAGAUCCUUUUACGCGUUUUAUUAUAUAAUAACCCUUCUAUCGCAGACUUAUUUUGCUGGUUAUACAAUUUAUUGGUCUUUCACCAGUAAUCUUGGCUUGGAAACUAUGACGAAUCUCUUGUUCCAUGCUACUGGAGUUUUGUCGAAUAUACUUUUAUUAAAUUUAGCUCGCAAGUGGUUUAAAAUUUUGAGAAGAGCCGCUGACAUUGAGAAGAGGGCUUUUAUGAUUUGCCCAAAAACGAUUAAUGUGGUCGUAUUACAAACUACAUUUUUAUGGAACUUCACCGACGUCAUGACGAUAUGUCUCAGCACUUACCUAACUGGAUAUUUUCAAAAUUUUAAUAAUAUUAUCGAAGAGAAUCAGAAAGAGAGAACUGUUAAAUGGGGCGACAUUCGUAUGCUACACACUCAUUUAGUGGCGCUCGUGAUGUUGGUGGAUAAAAACAUGUGUUAUUUAAUCUUGCUGUCGUUUUUCACUAAUUUAUUUUUUAUAUGCGCUCAAUUUUUUUAUUUAAUGAGCAUUGAAGAUUUUGUGUAUUACUUUUACUCGUUUUCUUUUUUACUUACACGAUCAUGCGUCACCUCGUUCUUGGCGGCUAACAUCCAUACUGUGUCUAAACGGCCACUUAUGAUUAUCCAACACCUGCCUUCAGCGGAAUAUGAUAUUGAAAUCCAAAGAUUGAUUCGACAGAUCCGAUACACAACUACCGCUUUGAGUGGGGUCUUUUUCCACAUCACAAGAGGAAUGAUUCUUCAAAUGGUGGGCACGAUAGUCACUUACGAGCUCGUCUUGCUACAAUUCACUUGA